CUCUUCUUCCUCUACUUUCGUAUGAUAAAAACUGAACACCUGAAGGUCAUAAAAUAAGAGUUUUAAACUUCUAGGUUGACAAAGGCGGCUUUUAAAGCAGCAAGCAUUAUGAUGGUGCUGUUGUUAUUUGUUGGAAAUCAUUAGGACAUUCUCCUAUUUAUCCACGCUAUAUAUCCGAAACUAAAUGAAAUAUAGAGUGUGACAGAUCUAUCAUGCUGCAAGAUUCUGUGUUUUUCAAAGCGAUACUCUGAACCUUCUAAUCAACUAAUUGGAAAUUCUGUUUCAUAGAUAAAGCGUAUCAACAAAGAUUUCAAGCUAUCUUCUUACGGACUUCAUUCUAUCGAAACUUUAAAAAUUAUUUCUGUGUGCUUCAUCCUAAUAGUUAACUUCAGUGAGUAAAUGUUACGAGGCUGAGAUGACAACUAAACAUAUCGGGUACUCCAAUCCACGAAAUUUCAAAGAGAAGAUAGAGCUUCUCAAAAUGAAGGAAGCAGCUUCUACAGCAAACUUUGCAGCUGCUAUGAGGGAUGCUCAGGAGAUUUGCAAGAUUGCACAUGCGUACGAUGCCCUUCCGUUAUCGAUUGAUCAUAGUCAUAUACCUGGAAAUACUCCAAAUCGUUCGGGGAUUUUGAAGGCAUACUCCUUGUCUAAUAUCAGUAAUGCUGACUACCAGACAAAGAAGACGUCUGAUAAUUCUAACAAGGAUACCUCGUUCUUACAGAAAUCUAUGACGAUCGAUCGUAAAGAUAUACAUGGCUCCGGUGUAUCUAACUCUCAUACCGGUGUGUAUCCAUUAGCAUCAAAUAUUCAUGAUGAACGAGUUGCUCAACGACUACUACUACCUAGUAGUAGUAAUAGUAACAUACCGAUGAAAGAGACUGUUCCGGUUAAAUUAGAUGAAGAAUUAUUGCAAAAGUCUCAAAUUCCAAAUGUUUGUCCGUUUUUAUAUGAUCCAGUUGGUUCAACAACAGUGACUACAACUACGCCUGAUACAACAUCUCAUCAUUUACAUGAAAGAAAUACUUUUGUUCAUGAUACUGGUUAUACAUUGUCAAACAAUUAUUUAUCAUCUUCCUGGUCUACUAUUCCACCGACUCAACAUCCUGUUCCAAAAAGUUGUCUAGAUAAUUGGAACGAUGAUUGUUCCAAUGUGCCAGUUGUUGUUAGUCAACAUCAAAUUCAAAAAAAUUUUAAUUUAUUCACAAAUACUGAAUCACUACCACAACAUUAUCAAAAUUUACAAUCAAAAUCACAUAUCACUACAAAUCCUUAUUUAUUUUCUACAUCUUAUUCUAAUGUGAAAUUAGCAUCAACUACCAGUUUACUUACACAACAAUCUUCAUUAACUAAUUCAAGUCAAUAUACAUAUGAAUCGGGUUAUUUUAGUGUUGGUGUUGGUACACCAGUUGGUGGUUUUCGAAGUUUUCCACCAACAAAUUCUUUACAACAUCAAUUGAAAACACCAUUUUCUGCUAAUAUUACUGAACAGAUUAGUCGAGCACAAACACCAUAUUCAGUAGUUGAUUGGCGCAGAAUAUCAUGGUUAGCUACAUUUAAUGAAUGA